CCUGUUAUGCAGAACAUACUGAGAAGAUCUCGUCAGUUUGCUUGGCCCCAGAUUCAGAUCAUUGGAUUUGCUGCUCUGCUGAUGAAUUUUCAGUAAAAUUGUGGGAUAUCCGAUCACUCGUUACAAUUCAAAUGCACAAUGAACAUAAGGUAAAAUUUAAAAAAUAUUGAGAAACUUAAUAGAUAACUUUUCCUUAGGCCUUAAAUUAAAUGAUCAGAAAUUCAGAAAGGUUCUCUCCACCAAUGUAGGCGAAGGAAGCUAGUGGGUAAUCAGUCUCUGACUCUGGUGGCACAUUUUUUCUAUAUAUUGAGGGGUAUCAUUAUGGCCAACUACUAAGCUUUUUUAUGUUAUUUUGAGGAUGAUGAUUGGUUAAAAAUCUUGGCAGGCCACAGGCAUUUAAUUAAUUAAACUAAGGCAGUGUCUACACAUCUGGCGGCCGGACAAAUAGUGCGGGAGAUAUUCUUCUGGCGGGCAUGUAGAAAAAGGUUGGUAAAUGUGAAGAGAUAGCACCACGUUUUUUUACUAUGGCGACCUUAUGUCCUAAAUUUAUCCCUAAACCUAACCUGAACCUGAACCCUAAAUCUAUCCUUAAACCUAACCUGAACCCUAAACUUAUCCCUGACCUGGGUUUUGACCCUAUCAGAACCAGGGACAAAACACGCAAAUGAUGUCAGGGUGCUAUCUCUAUACAUUAGCCAAAAGUUUUAUUUUAGGCUAUUAAUAUUGCGUGAGAAGUAGGCUACCUCAAUAGCACACUACAUUGGCCCUAUAUUAAGAUAUAGGGUCUAUUUCUUUGUGAACUUUCGACCUCCCCGCCUUAAUUAUUAAUCACCCUCGCUAUCAUUUUUAUCCUUUCUCUCUGGCUCUCAGUAUUUCUUUCUUCUAGUAGGCAUUGCUUCCCCCCCCCCUUAUUUCUUGAAAUUAUACUCACUCCCCCACCCUGCAUCUCCGACGCCAGUUUUAUGAUCAACUAUUAGUGGUCUUAUGACAAGACUGAAGGACAGAUAUCUCGCCCAACUUUGUUAUGGCAGCCAUGUGACCUGGUUUCCGGACGAAUAUCUCGAGAAUUUUUCGUCCGGUUGCCGGACAUGUUAAACUAAUCCUAGCCAAAACCACUGCCAUCCACUGGCUCUCUCCCCAAACCAAAAUAAAUGGCAAGGCAAUCAAGGCACAGAGUCAAUACUUAUGAUUUAACAUAUCAGACCCCAUAAAUCCAGUUUUACCAAAGAUGAUACUAGAAUUGGGUUACAUUAGGCUACUCAUUUGUAUUAUAAUUAGUCACAAAUAGAAAAGACAUGAGAAAGUGAGUCUUACUAUGUCAAUAAAAAUUGAGUCUUACUAUGUCAAUAAUUCACACAUUAUUUAAUCAAUCAUUUAAUUAAUCACUGUAGGGAAUUGUAGUUUCCCUAUGAAUAGAUAAAACUGUAAAAUACAUAUUCAGAGUUUAUAAUCAGAUGGUAUGCCCUUUGGUAUAGUCAAUAAUACCUAUGCAGACAUGCUUUAAAUUUAAGUCUUUUACAAGGUACAAUCUAAACUGAAAUCAUUAAAAGGUAAGAUAUAUUAUAUUAUACUUAAUAACUAGAGAAACUUCAUUCUCAGAUAUCAAGAUAAACAUACCACCUCACUGAAAUACUUAAAAGAUCAGAAAGUUUAUAUAUGUUUUUAACUUUUCAUGAUAUUGACAGAGAAAGAUUUUUUGCUUGAGAAAUACAUAAGAUGUCUUUGUAUUUAAUUUACAAAUGUAUGUUUUGUAAGAAUAUUUAUGCAUUUGCUGAAUAUGCACUCUGUAAUUAAAACGCAUUUCCAUUAAUUUUUUUUAAUCAAUAAAAGAAUCUUAUCUUUAUUUAUCAGGGAAAGAUUAUGUGCAUGACGUGGUCUACUUGCAACUCAGACCUGUUACUUACAGCUGAUGAAAAAGGAACUGUUGUCAUUUGGAAAUUAAAGACCAAUUUUGUUAAACCCUUUUGUUUAGAAAAAGAUAUGGUGUGCAGCAUAAAGGCGUCACCACACUCUGGUUCACAAUUUGCUAUUGGGUAAUUAAUACAUUAAGAAAAAAGACAUUAUUAAAAAAUACACAAUCCCCAGUUGGGACCUGAGAUGAUCAAUUGUAAAUUGUGCUUUAGAAUAGAAUCAAACAUUUUAACAUUUUUUUAUACUUGCAGAACAUAUUCAUCACAAAAUUAUUUGGAAUAUAAAUUGUAACCUCACAAGAAACAUUCAAAUUACAAUACUAUUAAAUUGUUUGUCAUUAUUUUCCAAACAAUUUAUCAGAAACCAAUCUCCCCAUUCAGGUACAGAACAGGAAUAGCUCUUAUUAUUGAUAUUGCCAAAAGCUAUCCUGUCAUACUGCAAAGGUUAAGAGGUCAUGAAGCUGAGAUAAGUUCCAUCUGUUGGUGUCCAAUAAAAGGAGAGAAUUUUCUUAAUGGAAGCGGAGAUGGUAAUUUUUUAUGAACAUUAUUGCACUAAAAACAUUUUGAAAUAAUAAAUAUGUGUCCAUUAUUUAAAUUAUAUUUUGAUUAGAGUUCAAUUAUUUUCUAUUAACUGUUCAAAGAGUAAAAUAUCAAUUUAAGAAAUCUUAUUUAAAUGAUUGCAUCUCAUAGCAUCUUUCUUUUAAUCACUCAAGCACUGUUUCAAGUCUGGGAAAAAACACACUUUGUUCUGACUUCUUCUCAAAAAGCCCGGUGAAUACAUCUUCACCACCAGAGAGACCCCAGCUGUUUGUCUUUUUCAUUAAUUUAAUCAGACACUGAUCUUUCACUUCUAGCUGAUGAUGGAGUUUUAAUUGCAACAGCUGGAAGAAAAACUAUCAAGAUAUGGAGUAGUACCAAGGGGAAAGAAAUCCUCAGCAGGAAACUUCCCCAAUCAUCAACAGCCAGAUAUGACCCCCAUGAUCCAGCAGGGAAAAGACUUUGGAUGGACAUUCACUGGCCAAGAUCAAUGCCACAUCACUUGGUCUCAACGUCAUCUGGGUAAAAAAGGAAGAAAAAUAAAAACUUGUGCAUUUUUUAAAAUGUUUUUUUUUCGUGACAAAACUUUUCUUGAUUGUGAAAGGCGGUGGUCCUUUGAAAUUCUAACAUGUUAACAUGUUUUUUUUUGUGUGGCAAGCGUUAUGAAAUCAUUUUUUGUUGUUGUCAUUUUAGUCUAUGGCUAUGCUGUCAGUAGUAAUGCAAGCUUUAUGCACUGGUGUCUAGAAAAAUGUAAUAGUUCAAUAUGACCCUACCCCUGGAAUUUUUAGUACCGGUACUUAAUUCAGAGGUUCCCCAACUUUUUUGAGUCAUUACACUCUUGGUCAAUCUAUGUUUUCCCAAGGUACCCUGUAUCAAUUUCAAGUAUAUCAACAAAGGCACUUACAAAAUAGCACAAAUAAAUUAUUUUUUGAACAAAUAAAUUCCCACCUUCUCUGCUUAAUAAAAUCCAAUCCUUUUUUAAAAACUAAAAGCAGAAGAAAUACUUUCAAUACUAUCACUUGACUUAAUCAUAACCACAACAAUUUUUUGUUGAUACAAUCUCCUAAAACUAUUUUAACUCUAAGACCCCAGAAGUCAGAUAGCUGUCACAUAGUUAUUAUUAUAUUAAAUAGUUAACCAUUCACACUUUUCAUGUGAGGAAGCCAUGGCGCAUUGUCUGGGAACCUCUUACUUGAUCCUUUAAAUUUUCAAAUAUUUUUUUUUUUAUCUUUUGUCCACUGAAAUUGGGUUUAGGCAUAAGAAAAAAAGGUACUUCAACGUGUGUGUAAGUGAUGUCUAUCAAUCUCAUUUAAAAUUUUAAAAAAUACCUAAUACAAUCACACAAGACCACUAUUAUACUUUAAAAUCGGCAUAGAAAUCAUAUUAUAUUUUGUAAAUUUAUUUAUUUUUUCUUUAGACCACAGGGUGAUCUGUAUCUAUUGGAUAUUCGCAAAACAUCUGAACAGAACCUGGAGAAAUUUAUUGCCAGACAUGUGAGCAAACACACCAAGAUCAUAUUUAACAUAACAUGCGUGGGUGAUAAGCUGUGUACCUUUUCUAUGGAUAGAAUUGUAAGUUGAUUUCUUCUCAGAAUUUCUUAUACAGAAUCUUCUGUGUGUGGGAAACUUAUUUUCUUUGAGAUAUGGAAAAAUUGAAUCUACAAUUUUUAACAUGACAUUUUAGUUUUAAAAUGUUUGUUUUGUUGUUGCUUAUGUUAAGCAAGAGAAGAAAUAGCUGGAAUUAAAGUUUUACAAAUAUUCCUUAAAUAUUUGAGCUUCUAGCUGUACUCAGUAGAAUAUUUUUAUUAUUUUAGUGUGGUUUUUGUGUUAUUAGUCUUGAAGUUUACCUCUUUUUCUAUGACAAUGAAUAAUUAUAAUACAAAUUUUUCAGGACUAAAAAUUGAAUAGGUCGGACCUGGUUACCUAUACCAUUUUGGUGUACACUGUACAAUUUUAAGCAGUCUUUUAUGAUUUUACGCUGAGACCGGUUGACAAAAUAUAUUAUGCAGUUUUUGCAAUAUAAAAAAGUUUUUAAAUUUGGACUAUCCAUAAUUGUAUUACAUACGCACUGGUGUUGACUUAGGAGCAUACGGGUGUGCAAGUGAGUUGGUAGGAGGAAGUGUCUAAAUAUUUUUAAAGGCUAUAAAUUAACACAUAAUGAUGUUAAUCAUCGUCACUAUGAAAUUGCUAGAUAUGGCAACAUUAAUAUUUACGAAGUCACCCGUGUCUAUCAAAAAGCCAAUGUCGGACAGCUUUUUUUGUGCAAAAAAGCACCAUAUAAAUAUAUGAAUGUCAGUCAUCUACUUUGGGAAGUGACCUUAUUUAGACAGGUGAUGCCAAAAGUUAUUGUAUGCAUUGUACUGUUUAUUCAUAAACUUUGACUAUAUGGUACUGUACAAUUUUGUGAGUUCCAGGGUAACCAGGUCUGAUUGUUUAAUGUUGAAAGAUGUCUUCAAAGGCUGAACAUAUUUGUCAAAAGAUGAUACACUGGUUGGUGAGCAUCUACAAAUCAUGAAUUUAAUGUUUACUUUUUUGUUUUACAGAUAACAGUGUGGAGCUUAAGUCUUCGUGAAGCCCUCUGCUCCAUGUGUUCAUUUGGAGGCUAUGUGUACUGUAUCAAAGCCUCUCCCUUAGAUCCAGGUGAGUGGCUUGGCUCUUGA